AUGAUUUUAGGAAUUAAAUUCUCGAAUUAUUAAAUAUAUUCAAUUGAUUUUAAUAACUUUUAGAAUCCACAAAACGAAGAUAUUAUUGGAUUUACUGAUAAAGGCAAUGCAUUUGUUGUUAAAGAUCAAACUAAAUUAAGUAAUGAGAUCCUCCCAACCCAUUUUAAACAUCAUAAUUUCAGUUCUUUUAUAAGAUAAUUAAAUAUGUAUGGAUUCAAGAAAAUUCGCAAUGUUAACAAUCAAAAUGAAUUUAGUCAUUAUUAUUUCAGGAAAAAUAUGGAGUAAUUGAUUUAUAUUAAUCUAGAAAUUUAUUAAGCAAUAUACCUAGAAGAAAUGGAGGAAUCAAACCUAAAAAGGAAAAAUCCAUUAAACUGAAAAAUUACAAAGUGAAGCAUAUCCAAGAUGAAUUAUUCGAAAAAUACAAUUCCUUGAAAUUAGAGAUACAAAACAUUAAUAUAGAAUCAAACUUCAUUAGUAAAUAAGUUGAAUAGGUAUCAUUUUGUAAUGCUAUUAGUUCCAAAACACAUAAUCCACAUUGCUUGAAUCCUAUCACUCUUUAUUUAUGGAAUUUAGUAUGAUAAAGAGCAAGCGUCAAACCUAUAGUGAUUUAAUGAGUUAAUUGUUAUUUCGAUUAACAAACACUUCUCCUAAUGACUAAUUACAAAGUUUAUAUAUCUCCAUUAUUAUUUAUAGACAUGGUUCAAAAGUUCAAUAAGACUAAUUAGAAUACAAUGAGUAAUGGAACAAGAAGUUCUGAUAACAAUAAUGAAUAGAAUGGUGGAUCCAGUAAAGAUGGUAAUCUAAAUAUAUUUAUAAUAGAUACAAAUUAGAGCAAUGGAAGUAAUUAAUAAUUAGAAGAAGAGAGAAUAAAGGCUGUAUGA